AUGCAUCCAUCUCUACUCCUACUCUCAGUCCUCCUCCUCAUUCUCCCCCGCUCCGACGCCUCCCGGGCGCCGUUCCAGCGCUACCGCAUCCCCACAACCCGCCUCUCCGCCUCCACGUCACUCGAGAGACAAAUCGAAGUCACCCGCCCCCUCCCCUUCGACUCCCUAACCCCGGCAUGCACUCUCCCCCUCAUCAACCUCACCUUCGGCAACACCUACAACCUCCCCCCCUCGGCCGCCAACUACUCCGCCCCCCUCAACUGCACCUGGUCCAACGCGGUCCUCCAAUUCUCCGGCGCCGCCAACGGCACCCAAUCCGACCGAAUCGCCGCCGUCUGGCUUGCCGGCGCCGAGCUCCUCCGCACCAGCACCCCCCAAUCCACCCCCGACGGCGUCUCCUGGUCAUUUUCCAAGGACGUCACCCGCUUCUCCGCCCUCCUCCGCCGGAAAAGCCUCUCCCUCUCCGUCAUGUUAGAGAACACCGUCGAUGAAUUCCACACCUGCGCAUUCAACGUCAACAUCACUUUCCUCUUCUACAACGUCCGAAAUUCCCCAAUCCACAGCCGCCGCUCGCUCAAUUCGAGCCCUAGAAAAAUCAUAAAACGCAGCCGCCGCCGGCAGUCAGCCGCGCUCAAUGCUUCACUCGAGCUAGACAAAAUCCCUGCCGAUUCGAUCAUUCCGGUCUCCGCUGCCGGAGAGGAAGGGUACUGGUUUAAAAUCCAGAACGGAAACGACGCCGUUUACCAAGGGAUUCAAAUCCCUAACAACACCUACAGAGCGGUAAUCGAGGUCUUCGUCUCCGCUCACGGCGACGACGAAUUGUGGUACACGAAUCCACCGGAUUUCUACAUCGAGAGCAACGGACUGAACAUCACGCGCGGCCACGGCGUCUACCGCGAGGUCCUCGUGACGCUCGACGGAAACGUCGUCGGAUCGGUGCUCCCCUUCCCCGUGAUCUACGCCGGCGGCAUAAACCCCUUUUUUUGGAGUCCAAUCGUCGCAAUCGGCGCCUUCAACCUACCUUCCUACGAAAUCGAGCUCACUCCGUUUCUCGGCAUUCUACUCGACGACAAAAAGCACUACUUCGGAUUCGGCGUCGCCGACGCCAUCUCCUUCUGGCUCGUCGACGCGAAUCUACACCUCUGGCUCGACGACGGUCCAGUGAAAGUCCAAGCCGGUCCGAUCAAGUACAAAAACCCUAACAAUUGCGUCAAGCGCGAAUCGAGCUUCGCAGAGCUCAACGGCAAAUUCGAAACCGAAGGAGAGAGAAAAACAGAAUUCUCCGGCUGGGUGUACUCCAGCGCCGGAAACCUAACCACAAGCGUCACAACGAAGCUCGAAUUCGACAACGAGAUCAACUACAAGAGCAACGGCUCGAUCGUGAAGGUCGAGCACGAUGUGACGGUGGAGAAGCAGAUCGAGAUCUCGAUCCCGUCCUCCGGCACGAUUGCGAGCUACAGCGUGGAGUCGGAAUACGAGCUGGAGCUGAAAACGACGUCGAUCGCCGGAGCUGGACCGGAGAACUACCUGGUGUCGACGGAUCUGGAGAUUUCGUACGAGGAGGAGAAGGAGAUCGGCGAUUUCGAGAGCGAAUUGGAGAUCAAGCAGGAGUGCAGCGGGUGGAUGUUCGUGCACGGCGACGACGUGCUCUCAGGCGCCGGAGCCACGUCGCAGAGUUACGAGGAGGAGGAUAGUCACGGCUGCUAUACGCGGAAGAUAUCGGCCGAUCAAGGCGCCGUCGUCGCCGAUUCACAGAAUUUCCUCUGCGCCCUAGGCCGUGUUUCUGGUUCAUCUGCUUAG